UGAAAUCAGUGAUCGAUUUGGCCGUCAAUGGCGGCCGUUGAUAAGGCUAGCGAAACCACCUUGCGAAACGCUUUUGGAAAUGUUCUCUCAUUCUUCAUCCUACUUUUGAUAGGAGUUCUUGCUUUCUCGAUCCGCCUCUUCUCUGUUAUAAAGUAUGAGAGUGUCAUUCACGAGUUUGAUCCUUACUUCAAUUACAGGGUCACUCAGUUUCUUACAAAGAAUGGGAUAUAUGAUUUUUGGAAUUGGUUUGAUGAUAGAACCUGGUACCCUCUGGGUCGUGUGAUUGGCGGAACUGUUUACCCUGGAUUGACCUUGACAGCAGGCACCAUAUGGUGGCUAUUGAAUUCCUUGAAUAUUCCUCUUUCUGUGGAGACUGUUUGUGUCUUCACUGCACCAAUAUUCUCUGCUUUUGCUUCAUGGGCAACUUAUCUUCUAACUAAGGAAGUUAAAGGUACUGGUGCAGGACUGACAGCAGCAGUUCUUUUGGCCAUGGUUCCAUCAUACAUAUCUCGAUCUGUAGCUGGAAGCUAUGACAAUGAAGCUGUAGCAAUAUUUGCCUUGAUUUUCACUUUCUAUCUUUAUAUAAAGACAUUGAAUACGGGAUCUCUGUUUUAUGCUACCUUAAAUGCAGUAGCAUACUUUUACAUGGUUUGCUCUUGGGGAGGAUAUACCUUUAUUAUUAACCUGAUUCCGAUGCACGUGCUUCUGUGCAUUGUAACUGGUCGAUACUCAUCUCGAUUGUACAUCGCAUAUGCUCCUCUUGUUGUCCUGGGAACAUUGCUUGCUGCUUUGGUGCCUGUUGUUGGAUUUAAUGCAGUCAUGACAUCAGAACAUUUCGCAUCAUUUUUGGUUUUCAUUGUUAUCCACGUAGUGGCUCUUGUGCAUUAUAUCAAAGGGAUUCUCUCUGCCAAAAUGUUUAACGUAGCUGUCACUCUUGUUGUAUCAGUUGGCCUGGUAGUCUGUAUUGCAGCGGUAGCGGUUCUUGUAGCAUUGGUAGCUUCCAGCCCAACAAAGGGAUGGAGUGGAAGAAGUUUGAGUCUUCUUGAUCCAACUUAUGCAAGCAAGUACAUACCAAUUAUUGCCAGUGUUAGCGAACAUCAGCCCCCUACUUGGCCAUCCUACUUCAUGGACAUUAAUGUUUUGGCAUUCUUGGUUCCUGCUGGCAUUAUUUCAUGCUUCUUGCCUUUAUCUGAUGCAAGCUCCUUUGUGAUCCUUUAUAUUGUGACAUCAGUAUAUUUUUCUGGAGUAAUGGUGCGCCUUAUGCUUGUACUUGCUCCAGCAGCAUGCAUCAUGUCUGGAAUUGCUCUAUCUCAAUCUUUUGACGUUUUUACACGGUCAAUCAAAUUUCAGCUAUUUGGAGUACCAGGAAACUCUAAAGUUGAUGCAGGGGAUACUAGUUCUGAUAGUAGUGUAGCAGAGAAUGAUGGAGCAAAACCUGAUAAAAGUGAAGAUACAUUAAAGGAACGUCCCUCAAGAAAGAACAAGAAGAAGGAGAAGGAGCAAGUGGAAAAGAUUCAUGUUGACAAGACUUCGAUUAAGUCCAAAAAAGAAAAGAAGCUUCUGGUUUUACCGCUGGAGGCAUCUUUGAUUGCUCUUAUCUUACUUGUGUUUCUGGGUGCCUUCUAUGUGGUUCACUGUGUAUGGGCAGCGGCAGAAGCUUAUUCAGCUCCUUCGAUAGUUUUAACAUCUUAUUCAAAUGAUGGUCUGCAUGUUUUUGAUGAUUUUAGAGAGGCUUAUGGAUGGUUGAGUCACAAUACUGAUGUGGAUGACAAAGUUGCAUCAUGGUGGGACUACGGUUACCAAACAACUGCCAUGGCGAACCGGACAGUAAUUGUUGACAAUAAUACCUGGAAUAACACUCAUAUUGCAACUGUUGGUACUGCGAUGUCUUCUCCUGAAAAGGCAGCAUGGGAAAUAUUCAACUCUUUGGAUGUAAAAUAUGUUCUUGUUGUCUUUGGAGGUCUUGUUGGCUACCCCAGUGAUGAUAUCAAUAAGUUCCUAUGGAUGGUUCGUAUAGGAGGGGGUGUGUUCCCUCAUAUAAAGGAACCUGAUUACCUGAGAGAUGGUCAGUACCGAAUUGAUUCUCAGGCCACUCCAACCAUGCUAAAUUGUCUCAUGUACAAACUCUCAUAUUACAGAUUUGUGGAGACUGAUGGCAAGGGCUUUGAUAGAGUGAGACGGACAGAGAUUGGGAAGAAAUAUUUCAAACUUACUCAUUUUGAGGAGGUAUUCACAACUCACCAUUGGAUGGUUCGGAUAUACAAAUUGAAACCUUCAAAGAACAGGAUCCGUGGAAAGACAAAGAAAUCAAAGACGAAAUCUAGCUCGACGACUAGCUCAAAAAGAAGUGUAGUAAGCAAGAAGAAUCCAUGGAAUUAGGAAGCAUUAAUUAUAGGGAAAUGUUUUUAGAUUACUUUGUCUGUAACUCAACAUAACCGUACUUGAGCCUUUUGAGGACCACGCAGGCAUGGCUGGUGAUUUUCUUCAUAGAAAUCGAAAUUAUAAAUCAAAAGAUUUUGCAACUUUUAA